UGGAGGCAGAGGGAAAGGAAGAGAAAAUACAAGGUUUCAUUCUGAUAUUAUAAAAAGUAUAAAUUCUUACACUGCUGUUAUACUGUUAGGUGUCGUGUAGCUCGGGAGGUUUUUUUUUAUACUCCACUUUGGUUAGACUGGGGCAGAGAGAGACAUGAGCUAAUUGUAUCCUGAUCUUGCCUUGAGGGGUUUCGAGAGCCCCGGAGCCAGUAUUCUCUGUAUUUUGUUCUGUCUACCCAAGCCGAGCUAUUGCGUUUCUCAGCGCUGUAAGGGAGACCGAAGAAGAAACCGCUCGUGGGGGGACUAAACCGGAGAGCGAAAAGGUGGUCAAAAAAGAUCGACUUUAUGCAGCCCUAUGUUCCAGGAUAAUCGCUCCAGCAUGUCUCGGCCCAUGAUCACGCGGUCACCAGUCUCUCCUCUGAGUAACCAGGGCAUCCCCACACCGGCACAGCUUACCAAGUCCAAUGCCCCAGUGCACAUCGAUGUGGGCGGGCACAUGUACACCAGCAGUCUGGCCACUUUAACCAAAUUCCCAGAGUCCCGAAUCGGCCGUCUCUUUGAUGGCACAGAGCCCAUAGUCCUGGAUAGCCUCAAGCAGCACUACUUCAUUGACAGGGAUGGACACAUGUUCCGCUACAUCCUCAACUUCCUCAGGACGUCCAAGCUGCUCAUCCCGGACGACUUCAAAGACUACAGUCUUUUGUAUGAGGAAGCGCGGUACUUCCAGUUGCACCCUAUGCUGUCGGAGCUGGAGCGCUGGCGUCAGGAGCAGGAGCUGAGCCGUGUGUCUCGUCCAUGUGAGUGCCUGGUGGUGCGUGUGGCUCCGGACCUGGGCGAGAGGAUCACCCUGAGCGGAGACAAGGCCCUCAUCGAAGACGUCUUCCCUGAGAUCGGAGACGUCAUGUGCAACUCGGUCAAUGCCGGCUGGAACCAUGACUCCACACAUGUUAUUCGCUUUCCUCUCAACGGGUACUGCCACCUCAACUCUGUCCAGGUGCUAGAGCGUCUGCAGCAGCGGGGCUUUGAGAUCGUGGGUUCUUGUGGCGGUGGCGUGGACUCCUCCCAGUUCAGCGAGUACGUCCUGAGGAGGGAGCUGCGGAGGACAAGUCACCGAGGAGCGCUCAAUUCAAACAGGAUAAAGCAGGAGCAGCUGGACUAGAGGCCUCCCACACACUAGGAGGUGCUAGACUUUUUACUUGUGGUGACUGAAUGGCACUACCGAGUUUUGUGGACUAUUUACUUUUCCGAAUUAUCUUUUUUUUUUUGCCAUAAGAAGACUUUGUUUUGGCAUUUGUGAUUGUCUCACCCCCUUAAAAACAAAACGCUGGAUCCCAAAUAAAGAUUGUUUAAGCCUACAUUAGGUUGCAUAUGAGUUUCUAUGUUACCCCUUUAAAUUAAAAUUCCAUUGAAUAAUAUUGUAGUAUGUUGCUUAGCUUGUCAGCACUGAAUUGAAUUACUCUCACUGGCCAAUAUGUUUAUUUUUUAUCCCACACUGUAAAAAAGUCACAGAUGUGUUGCUUUACAAUGCAGAAUGUCUCAUAUGUCAUAAACAAUUAAUUUCAAAAGAGUUUUUUUCAGCAUAUUGUAAAAUUGUGAUACCAAUGAAGUGUUUGAAGAGAAUAUUUGAUUUUCAUCUCCACAUCACACCUGAAGCUUUAGUUUAAAAAUGUCAGAUUUUGCUGUAUCUGGGAUUUGGCUCUUACGAUUUAAUUGGACGCACUACUGUAAAUUUUUCCACCACUGUAAAUGUGUUUGUGAUUUUUACAUUGAAUCUUUUUUAAAGGAGAACAUGUUGCCUCAGACUGGACUGAAAAGAUGAAAGAUUAUUGUACUACCCACUUUUAGUCACUUUCACUUUAAGAUAUGAAGUUGCUUAUAAAGUAUUUCUUGAGAUGACUGACCCUCCUACGCUCCCUAAAUUAUAGAGGAAUGUAGCAAAAAUUAUGUCGAAAACAUUUCAUUUGAAGUUGUCAUGGUGUUAUUCUUGUUGGAAAUGUAUCCUGACUUGAUCAUGCACCUGUUGAGUCCAAAACAUGGAACAAAACAUUAUCCAAAGUAAACUUUCUGAUUCCCUUGUGUAGUGUUUUUGAAAAGAAACUUUUGACUUGACUUUGUAAAGUUUAACAAUUAUAUUGCACUUGUCUCAUAAUAUUACCAAGCAGCAUACAAUAAAUACAU